AUGAAGUUGAAAGCUUUGUGUCUAGUGACAGCAUUGUUGAGCUUAUGGCCAUGGGAAGCAAAGGCACAACUGGCUGUAAAACCAGGAAAAUGGAAGCUUCUCAUACAAAAUGGCGGCGUCUCUGCCAUGCACAUGACCACCACGCAUGAAAACACCGUGGUGAUGUUCGACAGGACAAACUUCGGCCCGUCGCAGCUCCAGCUAGACAAAGGGCGAUGCCGGGACAACCCACAAGACACGGCGCUCAAACACGAUUGCACGGCGCACUCCAUUGAGUACACAAUCUCCGCAAACCGUGUCAGGCCGCUUGUGAUAUUCACCGACACCUGGUGCUCAUCUGGGGCCUUUACCGCAAACGGUACGCUGGUGCAAACCGGCGGGUACCGGGACGGGUCGCGGGACAUCCGGUACUUCGUUCCCUGCUCGGGCGGUAACUGCGACUGGAACAAUUUCGAGGGCCCGAAGCUCGCCGCAGACCGGUGGUAUGCCGCCAACCAGGUCCUGCCGGACAACCGUAUCAUCAUCGUCGGAGGCACCCGGAUGUUUAACUAUGAGUUUGUCCCCAAGACCCCCGGCGAAGGAGUUUUCAACCUCCCAUUUCUCUCGCAGACCCGAACCAGCGCCCAAGUGGAAAACAAUCUUUAUCCGUUUCUCCACCUCUCGUCCGAUGGCAAUCUCUUUAUCUUCGCCAACAGGGACUCCAUUCUCCUCAACUACAAAACCAAUGCUGUCGUCAAGACAUUUCCCAGAAUGCCGGGUGACGGCUCACGGAACUACCCGUCCACCGGGUCGUCCGUCAUGCUGCCGCUCUCUGCCUCGGACGGGUUUACGAAAGUGGAAGUUGUCAUCUGUGGGGGGUGCCCAGACAACGGGUUCGCACUGGCUAGCGCUGGUAAUUUCACAGACGCGCUCCGCAGCUGUGGACGAAUGGUGAUUACGGACCCAAAUCCUUCGUGGAGUAUGGAAGACAUGCCCGGACCGAGAACCAUGUCAGACAUGCUUAUUCUCCCCAAUGGUGAAAUCAUCAUCGUCAAUGGAGCAGCAAAGGGUGUUGCAGGGUGGGACAUGGCGACUGCCCCUGUCUUGACGCCUUACCUUUACCGACCCAGUGCUGCUUCCGGACAGCGCUUCUUCACCCUGGCGGCCACGGGAAUCCCAAGAAUGUACCAUUCUUCUGCUAGCAUGUUGGCCGACGGGAGAGUCUUUGUGGGCGGGUCCAAUCCCCAUGCGGGCUACGUCUUCUCGGGAACUACUUUUCCGACGGAGCUCCGGCUCGAGGCGUACAGUCCUUAUUACUUAGAGGACGUCUACACUAGCCAAUUCCGCCCUAAUAUAAUGUCUCUGUCGUCCAACUUGAUCUCCUAUGCGGCCACCUUCAGGGUUGUUUACUCUCUUCCAAAUCCUCUUACCGGUGUUAUACAGUUCAAUGCCUACGCCCCAUCGUUUACCACGCACACUAAUUCGAUGAACCAGAGGCUGCUCAUUCUCGCAGCUAAAACAUUGACGAUUGUUUCGAAUGGGACUGGGAAUGUCGUUUAUUCUUCCACUGUAACUGCCCCGCCUAGCGCAGUGGUGGCGCCGCCGGGAUAUUACAUGCUGUUUGUGGUAAAUAAUGGCAUCCCUAGCGUCGCCCGGUGGGUUCAGUUUUCGUAA